AUGAGCGGAGGCAUUCAGCGUUAUUGUCUUGGUGAGAAUAGUAGUAGUAUUGAAAGGGGGCCAACUGCGAAAAGGCUCAUUGUCAUUGAUUUCGGAUGUGUAAAGACCAUAGCUGGCUUCAGUCAGCGUGAAAACGCCACGAAGGCGUUUUUGGGUUCCGCGUCGAGGUUACCAAAAUCAAACAAACUGUACGCACACAGGGAGGACGAAAUGCUGACGAUGGAGGCGGACCUCAAGGGCGGUAGUCUUCACGGAAAUAUGGCGCCGCACCCUGGCCUGCAUCAAGUCAGCAGUUACGGUACUUUAGGAGGUUUAGUUCACGGAUCAUCAUUAUCGCCGAGUAGCAUGGCCUUGGGUCAACCACAUCUCCAGCACAUGUCGCAACAUCAACCUUUGCAACACUCUCAACACACACCCCAUCAUCAAUCUCAUCAACCGCCUCAGCAUCACCAACCUCCGCCGUCCAGUCUUCAUCAGCACGCACCCCAGCCAAAUAAUAACAAUAGUUCAAAUAAAAAUCAAAAUAUCGAUCGGGUAAAACGUCCCAUGAACGCAUUCAUGGUUUGGUCGAGAGGUCAACGACGGAAAAUGGCACAGGAAAAUCCUAAAAUGCAUAAUUCGGAAAUAUCUAAAAGACUUGGUGCGGAGUGGAAGCUACUUAGUGAGUCGGAAAAAAGGCCUUUCAUUGACGAAGCGAAACGCUUGAGAGCCGUUCAUAUGAAAGAACACCCAGAUUAUAAAUAUAGACCGCGUAGAAAAACGAAAACGUUGCUCAAAAAGGACAAAUAUCCUCUCGGGGGAACGACUCCGUUAAUUCCGGGAAGUGGGGGAGAAUCCGCGCGAAGUCCGGUGUCCCAACACCAAACCCUCGGGAGAGACGUAUAUCAAAUGCCUAACGGAUACAUGCCUAAUGGAUACAUGGUUCACGACGCGGCAUAUCAGCAACAUUACGGCGGGUACCGUUACGACGUCGGACAAAUGCAACACGCCGGAUACGUGAACGGUUCGUCGUACGGAAUGUACGGGGGAACCGUUCCCGGAGGAGCUCCCUCACCUUACCUCCAACAGUCGUCUCACAGUCCGAGCGGGAGCUCCAUAAAAUCCGAGCCCGUUUCGCCGUCGUCGGGAGGAUUGCACACGCCCACGCCUACCACCGGAGCUCCGGUUUCGAUAAAAAGAGAAUACUCAGGCACGCCGGGAGCCGUACCCGCCGGGAGCAACGGUUCGACCGGAGAUCUCCGGCAAAUGAUCUCAAUGUACCUUCCCGGAGAACCCGGUGCUGAGCAGCGCCUUCAUCAAAUGCAGUAUCACCCGUCGGACCAGUUGCAGCCUUUGGCGCACAUAUAG